AUGAAGCGAAAAGGAUCGCCCAGCCUUGAGGAAGACGCCGAGUCGUCGAAGAGACGCUUCGCCGAAGAGGAAGUUGCGACGGAGACUGGCGACGACACCACACAACCACCACCAGCAGAGUCAGAGCCAGUAGCACCAGCUCAGACCGAAGACGCGGAAGACGCAUCGACUACUACUAUGUCCACCGACCGCGCCGCCCGCUUCGCUGCCCUCCGCGCCCGCAACCAGGCCUCACGCAAAGAGAAUCUGAAGGAGACGAAGAACGAGGCCAAGCGAGCCUCGACCGACCCAACCCAACUGACAGCCCUAAACCGUAAACGCGACAUCGCCCAGCACAAACUGCUCAAAGCCGAAGUGGAAGAAAGCGGGGAAGACUUCGAGCGCAAACGCGCGUGGGACUGGACGGUAGAGGAGAGCGAACGCUGGGACAAGAAAUUGGCCAAGAAGGAGCGGGCACGUGAUAGUAAUGCUUUCCAAGACUACUCGACCGAAGCCGGAAAAAUAUACAAACGCCAGAUCGAUAUGAUGGAGAAGGCGGGGUGGGAUGAUCGCAAGGAAGCCUACGAGCGAGAGAAAGCCUCCUCGCUCGACCGCGCAAUCCAAAACGGCGGGCUCGAACUCGUAGAAACACCAACAGGCGAACUCAUAGCCGUAGACAAAGACGGCACCUUCUACAGCACCGCGGACAGCACCUCGCACAUCACGAACAAGCCCGACCGAGCGGCCGUGGAUCGCUUGGUAGCGGAUAUCAAGAAGGCGGAGGAAGUGCGGUUGAAGAAGCGGCGGGAGAGGGGAAAGGAUGACGGUGAAGGGGAGAGGGACGUCACGUUUAUUAAUGAGAAGAACAAGCAGUUUAAUAUGAAGUUAGCGCGGUUUUAUAAUAAGUAUACUGCGGACAUUCGUGAGAGUUUUGAGAGGGGGACGGCGAUCUGA